GAAAGUCCUAGGGGUGGGGGCUGUCUCCAUAGUCUCCACAAGGGAGUUACCACCUUCCCCCACCUCUGGGUAAAAGUCUCCCGCUCUGGCUGUAUUCCAGUUAGGACUUCAUACCUUUGGCUUAGAGCUGAAUUUUCUGUUACCAUGUGGAUGCUCCAGGUGGAGGGCCCCACUCCUGCUUAGAAACACCAUGAAUGCAGACUGCUGCUGGGAGUGUGACAGUUGGCUGUUGGAGAGAAGGGGGCACUGGCAUUGACAGACCUCCAGACUGGACAUGGCCCUGAGUCCAGGGGCUAACCUGGUCUUCCAUGAAGACCCAAAGAUGACACCGAGUCUCCCCUCCUGUGGGACCCCGGGAUUAGGGUCUGGUACCAUCCCUCGGUCCCACCCAGACACGGCUCAUGUGCCUAUGUUGAAUCUGCUCCCAAGUCCUGGCUUGGCACUCGUUCCAGAUCUUAAUGCUUCUUUGAGUCCAGUCUCAGGGGAGGCCUCAGGCCUGUGGUCUGAAAACACCCCCAGACCUGAUGACAGCAGGGCCAUCGUUCCAGCCUCCCUCCAGAUCACCAGUUCUUGUUCUGGUGAAGCCCUGGACCUGGAUUCCAAGGAUGUCUCAAGGCCUGACUCACAGGGGCUCCUCUGUCCAGCCUCAAACCCCAUUCUGAGCCCUAGCUCUACUGAGGCCCCUGCUCUGAGCUCCGGGAACCAACCUCAGUCAAAUUCUGAAGAUGCCUUCAAAUGCCUCUCAAGUAAGAUUUUUGAGUUGGGUCAGAGAAACUCCAACCCUUCUAGGCAUGAAUUAAACCCAUUUAUAAGGCACCAUUCCAGAGAAGGUCUGGUUCUGGGCCACUGCAUCACUAGGCCAAGCUCAAAAGCACUCCUUAUUCCAGCCUCAAACUCUUCGCUGGACCUUGACUCCAAUCCAUUGCUCAACAUGGACUCAAGAAACACCUCCAAGCUGAACCUGAAUGUAGCUCCAGAUUCUCGUGGGACCCUAAUCCCAGACACAAACGAGACCAUCACUUUGGCUUCACAUAACAUCUCUGAGUCUGUUUCAAAAGGAGCCUUUAGUACCACCUGGAGCACAAGUUCAAAGGAAACCAUGAAUGUGGCUUCCAAUGGCCACCCCAGAUCUGAUUUGGACGUAACCAUCACUCAAGCCUCGUAUGUGACCUUGAUUCCUGGCUCCAGUGAUGGUAUAAGCCUGCACUCCAGCACCCAUGGGCCCAACUCCACCAUCUCUCCACCCUCAUGCGUGACUCUAAUCCUGGGUUCCAAUGAGACUCUGAGCCUGGACUCCAGCCUCCUAUUCAGCGACACCUCCACUUUGACACUGAGCAGUCAGCAGGAUGAUGCCAAGGACAACAGCAUCCACACUGUGCCCCUGGAGGAGAAUCUGGAGAGUUGGAAUGAGAUGGCCAGCAUUAAGGUGGGCCAGUUCCCGCUGGGAUUCCCCACCUCCAACCCCGCAGGCAAGGACGCCGUGACCUUGCAAGGCAUCCCUGAGGGAGCCUUUGAUGAAGUUACCUCAUGCCUGGUGAAGGUGUCAGAGAAGACAGAAGGUGGCAACAACAUGGCUCUGGUUGAGAAUGUCGCCACCCUUCAGAAGAGCCAGGAUCUGCUGGAGGCAGGAGAAAAGAAGACCAUGAUAAAGAAGAUUAUGAGGCAGAUCCAGGAGGAGCCACUGGAUUCUCUCUCAAGCUCCGUCCGCAAGCAGGCCAUGGAGAUCCUGACCCAGCUGAGCCACACCCAGCCCACCCUGGACAUGCGGGAGAGGUCGGAGCUGAUGAACAUGUGUGUGCAGAGCGUGUUCUCCCUGCCCUCCGUGCAGGCGAUGCAGGAGAAGGACGAGGCCAAGGCAGAGACCAUCCAGGGGCCGCCUGGGGCUGAUGUCUACUCCAGAGGUGCCUUAGUGGCUUGGUCCUCCUCCUGUCCACAGACUCUUUACCAUCAGACGCUGGAGGCCCUGCAGACACUGCUCAAAGCCCUCUUUAUCGAGGACCCCACUGCUGCUGGGCUGAAGAGCAUCUUGGAGGCCCUGGGGCCUUGGAUGAACUCUGGGAAGGCCCAGGAGCGAGCACGGGCUGUGAACAGCAAUGUCUCUAUGUUGAACCACAUGCUUCUAACUCUGCCUUCAUUUAUGCCCUUGGGGUUCCCGGCGCUGGGGCUUCUGCUGGGGAGACUCAUCCUUCGCAUUGGGGAUCCUGAUGAGGAGAUUGGCCGUGAGGCUCUGGAUGGCAUCAUCAUCCUCUACACUAUGCUGGAGCUCCAAAAACGAGCCAGAGAUAAGGAAGAGACGAACAAGAAGGAGCUAUAUGAGAACAACAAGCAUUUCCUGGGGCCCUACAACCCUGUGAGCCCGUGCCAGAACAUCCUGCGGGUGAUCGCGGUGACUGCCUUGUGCCCAUCCAGGAGCGGAGGGUGGGGGGAAUUUGGAGACUUCCUGGGGCCCCAGCAGAUAAAGGACCUGCUGCUGGCAGCCCUGGAAGGGCUGAAAGGCAGCUCAGAGGCUCCAGGGAAGGACUCCAGGGAGGUGAUGCAGCUGGCUUCGGAGGUCAUGCUCAGCUUGGUGCUGGAGUGGUACCGCCACAGGGCGCCGGAGGUGAUCCCAGAAAUCAUGCAGGGCAUCUACACGCAGCUGAGCCACAUCCAGGAGCCUCGGGCCCGCCAGGUGGCCCUGCUGCCCGUCUCCCUCCUGGCCAGCUCCUUCAUGACCGAGGUUGUGGUGGCCCUGCUCAUGUGCCCCCUCCCGCUGAACAGAGGAAUGAGCACAGGCCUUGAAGACAUCAGACCUGGCCGCAUCGUGACUCUGCAGUUCAUUAGCUGUGUAAUCUUGGACUGCAAUGGAGCAGAGAUGUGGAGGCAGCUGAUGCUGUGCAAGCCCAGCUGUGAUGUCCGAGACCUCCUGGAUCUGCUCCUGGGCAGCCUGAAGGAGAAGCCCGUCACCAAGGAGGGCCGGGCUUCCAUCGUGCCCCUGGCGGCAGCCAGCGGCCUGUGCGAGCUCCUGUCCGUCAACAGCUGCAUGGGCCGCGUGAGGCGCAUCUACCCCCAGCUGCUCCUGGCCCUGCUCAUUCAGGUCCAUUACCACAUCGGCCUCAACCUGCCUGGCUGCGUGGCUCCUCCCAAGGACACCAAGAAGGGCGCACAGCCCUCUCUCUUCGUACCUGUGCGCUGGGUGGUGAGAGUGGUGAAAACCCUGCUACUGAGGAUGGGCUGCUCUUGUGAGACCACCUUUCUGGAGGACCAGGGUGGCUGGGAGCUCAUGGAGAAGGCGGAGAGCCACCACCGCGGAGUGGCCCUGCUGGCAAGGGCCAUGGUGCAGUACUCCUGCCAGGAGCUGUGCCGCAUCCUCUACCUGCUCAUCCCGCUCCUGGAGCGAGGCGACGAGAAGCACAAGAUCACGGCCACCGCCUUCUUCGUGGAGCUCCUCCAGAUGGAGCAGGUGCGCCGGAUCCCCGAGGAAUACUCUCUGGGGCGGAUGGCAGAAGGCCUGAUCCACCACGACCCCAUCAUGAAGGUGCUCUCCAUUCGAGGCCUGGUCAUCCUGGCCCGCAGGACUGAGAAGACCGCCAAGGUGAAGGCCCUCCUGCCCUCCAUGGUGAAGGGCCUGAAGAACAUGGAUGGGAUGCUGGUGGUGGAAGCGGUCCACAACCUCAAGGCUGUCUUCAAGGAGCGGGACCGGAAGCUGAUGGACAGUGCGGUCUAUGUGGAGAUGCUGCAGAUCCUGCUGCCGCACUUCAGCGACGCACGAGAGGACGUGCGCUCCUCCUGCAUCAACCUGUAUGGGAAGGUGGUCCAGAAGCUUCGGGCACCACGCACUCAGGCCAUGGAGGAGCAGCUGGUCAGCACCUUGGUGCCCCUACUGCUGACCAUGCAGGAGGGCAACGCCAAGGUAAGCCAGAAAUGUGUGAAGACCCUGUUGCGCUGUUCUUACUUCAUGGCUUGGGAGUUGCCAAAAAGAGCGUAUAGCCGGAAGCCCUGGGACAGCCAGCAGCAGACGGUGGCCAAAAUUUGCAAGUGCCUUGUGAACACCCACCGAGACAGCGCCUUCAUAUUCCUCAGCCAGAGCCUGGAGUAUGCCAAGAACUCACGGGCCUCCCUCCGGAAGUGCUCAGUCAUGUUCAUAGGGUCCCUGGUCCCCUGCAUGGAGAGCAUAAUGACAGAAGAUCGUCUGAAUGAAGUGAAAGCAGCUCUGGAAAACUUGAGACAUGACCCAGAAGCAUCAGUGUGCAUCUGCGCGGCCCAGGUCCAGGACCACAUCCUGGCCAGCUGCUGGCAGAACUCCUGGCUGCCGCACGGGGACUCGUGGGUGUGUUACCCGGCCACCACGCACCGCUGGAGCCCCAGCUGUGAGAACCUGCCCACUUCCCACCAGCGGCGCUCCUGGAUCAUGCAGGCACUGGGCUCCUGGAAGAUGUCCUUGAAGCAGUGACGUCCCUGAGCCCCCAGCCCUCCUCAGGGUGGUUGAGCUCCAGCCAUGCUCCCUAUAAGUGUCAUGAGGCUUACCUCUCUAUCUUGAUUGUUUCCUCCUGGAACAUCCCCCAGACUCUGAGCAGCCAUCACUUUGAGAGGAGUUUGCCUUGGUUUGUUGGCUCAGUCAAUAAAUACUGACUGACGUA